AUGAAAGAUAAUAAACUACCUCCAGUUUGUGCUUAUUUGGGAAUCAUGAUCUACUGUCAUGACUGUAAGACUAGAAAACGUGAUCUAGUAGAUACUUUCUUCAAACUUAGACUGUCUGUCAUCUACAACCAAGUGUUAGAAAUUUCUACUUCCAUGGCCAAUGAUGCUUGUCGUCGUUAUGUCCAAGAAGGUAUUGUUUGCCCUACCAAUCUACAACGAAAUGUGUUUACCUCAUCUGCUGUAGACAACAUUGGUCACAAUCCAAGCAGUAUCUCGUUAAAAGAUUCAUUCCAUGGAACAGCCACUGCCUACGACUGUUCUGAUCUUAAAAGUAAAGGUUCACCUAGUGGAAUAUACAAGAUUUACCCGGAGAAUGUUCCGAAUGGAGUCAAUGUGUAUUGUGAUAUGGAUAAAGAUGGAGGAGGCUGGAUCGUAAUUCAAAAUAGAUUUAACGGAUCUGUUGACUUUUAUCGAAAUUGGAAUGAAUACACAGAUGGGUUUGGGGAUCUGAACACUGAGUUCUGGUUAGGUAACAACUAUAUUCAUUUGAUAACCAAAUUAGAUACAUAUUUUCUUCGUUUCGACCUUGAAGAUGCAGCCGGUAAUAAAGGAUACGCUAUUUAUAACCAGUUUAGGAUCAACGAUGAAGAAGAUGAUUUCAGACUUACAGUGUCCGAUUAUUCCGGAGAUUUAGGUGAUUCAUCGGGAUUUACAUACAAUAAUAACGCCGUAUUCAGUACAAAAGAUAAAGGUAGUAGCUGUGCAAGUGGCCGACAGGGGGAGUGGUGGUAUAAAGGCUGUACCUGGGUAAAUAUUAAUGGUUUAUGGAUACCAGGAAUGAAUUCAUGGACAUCUAUGAUGUGGAACAGUUGGAAAGGCCUGGAUGGAAUGAAAAAGACUUCAAUGAAACUUCGCAGAAAAUAA